AUGGAGGAAGUAAUUGAGGAUGAUAUCGAUGGCUCGAUUAAAAGUAUUCACGUUCGCAACUUUUUUUGUCAUGAGAAUUUAGAGAUUAACUUAAACAGAAACGUUAACUUUAUUGUGGGACGAAAUGGUAGCGGUAAAAGUGCUAUUUUGAGUGCUUUGGUGGUAGGCUUGGGCAGUAGAGCGUCUGCUACAAAUCGAGGAACUAAUUUAUCUUCAUUCAUAAAAAAAGGUGCUAAUUCUGCUACAAUUGAGAUAAAAAUUAAGAAUAAUAGUUUAAAAGCAUACAAACAUGAUAUAUAUGGAGACUACAUUACAAUUGUAAGAAAUAUUAAUGCAUCAGGAGGUUCAAAUUACAAAAUUAAAUCAGCAACAGGAGAAGUCAUAUCCACCAAAUUAGAAGAAGUCAGUUCAAUAAUCCUGGCCCAUGAUAUACAAGUAGACAACCCUAUUUCCGUACUAACUCAAGAAGGUGUUCAUACUUUUCAUAAAUUAAAUGAGGAAAAGAUAUACUCUCUAUUUCGCAAAGCUACAAAUCUUGAUCAGACAGAAGCAAAUUAUGUUAAAGCACUCGAAAACUGCAACAGGGCUAUCUCUAUCUGGAAUAGAAAAAAUGAGUCGUGCGCGGAGCUGGAGAGAGAGUACGAGAAGUGGAAGAAGAGCCAUGAGCAGAUGCAGUCGCGCGACGAGAUCGAGGCGCAGAAGCAGGCGCUGCAGAACGAGUACUACUGGAGCGAGAUAGCCGAACUAGAGCGAGAGGCGGCUAGCGCGGAAGCCCAGCACCAGAAGCAGAACGCCAAGUGCGAGAAGCUGCUGGCGACCCUCAGGACCCUGGAGGAGCGCUACGGCGGCGACAACAGCAACAUCGAGGCCCUGAAAGCACAGCUGGAGGAGAAGACGGCAAGGCGCACCGCUCUGGAGCGUGAGCUGCAGCAGCUGGAAGAUGAGGCGCGCGGGCUGCGUAGCACGUGGCGGGGCGAGCAGCACGCCGCGGCCAGGCUGCGCGAUCAGCUGGCACGCGAGCAGAGGAAGGUGGCAGACCUGCAGAGGGAGAUCGAGAACAUACAGUGCGGCGACGCCGCGGCGGCGCGGCGGCGGCAGGCGGAGGCGGCGGCGGAGAAGGCGCGGCGCGGGGCGGCAACGGCGCGCGCGCGCUACGACACGGCGCGGCACGAGGCCGAACAGGCGCGCGCCAACGCCGCACACGCGCACCAGCCGGCGGACGCGGCGGACGCGCGCGUGCAGCGCCAGCGCGACUCGCUCAAGCAACUGAGGCAGCAGCUGCGCGAGCUGGAGUCGCGCGGCGACGACUCGCUGGCGGUGUACGGCGCCCACAUGGUGGAGCUCUGCCAGCGCGUGCGCCAGGCCGCCGCCGCGGGCCAGUUCAGCGCGCCCCCCAGGGGCCCCGUCGGGCAUUACUUGAAGCUGAAGGAGAAGAAAUGGGGCGGUGCCAUCGAGGGUAUCAUCGGUGGUUCUCUGAAGACGUUCUGCGUUAAUAAACCGGAGGACUCUCGGAAGCUGUUCGAGAUAAUGGGAAAGGUGUACGGGCGCUCAGCGAAGCCGGGCGUGACGUGCAGCCCGUUCCAGGGGCGCGCGCACGACGUGCGGCGGCACCGGGUGCGCGCGAAUGGCCACGCGUGCGCCCUGGACGCGCUGCAGGUCACCGACCCGGAGGUGGCCAACUUCCUCAUCGACAACGUCGGCCUCGAGAAGAUCCUGCUCGUGCCCGACCACGAGGACGCGGUGCGGCUGGCGGACACCGAGGAGAACGUGCCCGAGCGCUGCGCCAAGAUCGUGACCCUGGACGGGUCGGAGUACUACCCGGCGCCCAACUACCGCAGCUACGGCGGCGCCAGGCGGGAGCCCAGGCUGCUGCACCUCAGCACCGCCGACCGCAGGAGGCAGAUCGGCGCGGAGAUCCAGGAGGCGGAGGCGAGCCUGGCGGCGCUGGAGGCGGAGGCGGCCUCGCUGGCGCAGGAGGCGCGCGCCGCCAGGGAGCGCGAGCGCUCGGCCGCCGCCGCGCUGCGGGCGCUGCUCGCCGCGCUCCACGAGCGGGAGGAGGCGGCGCGCAGGGCGGACGCCGCGCUCGACGCGCACCACGCGCCGCAGCAGGCCGCCGUGCUGGUGGAAGAGCUGAACCUGUCGAAGGAGAAGGUCCGCGCGCUCAGCGAGAAGAUGGAGGCAUACGACGCCAAGGAGCGCCAGUUCCAAGCGGACGUGCAGAGCUGCGAGGCCAAAUUGGGGGAGAUCGGCCCCGAUUUGACGCAGUGCGCCACCGAAUGCCGAAACCUCAACGAGGAAAUAGAACGGGAGCAAAUGAAAGUGGACCAGGGCGUGUCCGAGCGGCGCUCCUGCCAGUUGCGGGCGGCGGAGGAGAAAUCGAAGCUCGCUCAACUUGAGGCCACUUUGAAGGAGAAACGAGCGGUAGUCGCGAAGAAGAUCGAAGAGGCCUUAACUCUCUGCCCAAGAGUUGAAAAUCCAAGGUCGAAGGCGGCUGUGACCUCCGAGCUGAAGAAGACGCAGCUGAAGCUGAGCUCGAUCCGCAGCGACGGGCUGAGCCGCGCCGAGGUGGCCGAGCGGCUGCUCGCCGUCGAGCGCAAGUUCCGCCGCACCAAGCUGGCGCUCGACCGCCUGCGCGCCCUCAUUGACGACAUUAAACUGACGACAGAUAAACAUUUGAAGUUUUGUCAUAAAGUCCAAACUUACAUAGCUCGGAGGGUGCAGUACUGUUUCCAGUCGAUAUUAACAUUGAGAGAAUAUUCGGGCCGCCUGGAGAUCGACCAGGCGGCGGGCAGGCUGAAGAUCGUGUGCACCGGCCGCGAGAGCGCCGAGGCGCGCCGCGCCGCCUCCACCUCCUCGCUGUCGGGCGGCGAGCGCUCCUACUCCACGGUCGCCUUCAUCAUGGCGCUCUGGGAGUGCGUCGAGCUGCCCUUCUACUUCAUGGACGAGUUCGACCUCUUCAUGGACAACGUGAAUCGCACUGUCGUCAUAGAGCUGCUGAAAGACCACGCCCUGAGGAACACCUCGCGUCAGUUCGUGUUCCUCACGCCUCACGACGUGUCCGCCGUCAGCGCCUCGCCUCAAAUCAGCAUACACCUGAUGGCAGACCCUCGGCCG